AACAGAAAUCUCUCCACGUGUUCUGCUUCUCUGUCCUUGCUUCUUUCUUGAUAUUGGACUCAACAAAGUUAAAGGCAACCAAAAGGGAAACUACUACUCUAUCAGUGCCUUUCCGGUAAGAGAAAUAAAAAAUGUUGAUUUUAGGCAAACCCAUUAAAAUUUCCGCUCUCCUCCUCCUUCUAACAGCAUCUUCUUUUUGCUGCUUCACUUUAAUCAAUGCUUCAAAAUCGAGCGACCCAAUUCCUACCCCAUGGCCAAAACAAUUCCACUCGAUCCUCUUCAUGAAUAACACCAAAGGGAACCUUCAGGUUGUUGAUUUGUGGUACGAUUAUCCCAAUGGUAGGAACUUCAACAUAAUUCAAAACCAAUUGGGAAAGCGUCUUUACGAUUUGGAAUGGGAUAAUGGCACUUCUUAUUACUACACUUUGGACGCUAACAAGGAGUGUAGGGUUAUGCAUUUUCCAGUGGGAAUUCUUCGGCCUAAUUGGCUACAAGGCGGAAAGUAUUUGGGACAGAGAUAUAUGGAUGGGUUUCUUUGCAAUGUGUGGGAAAAAGUUGAUUUCAUUUGGUAUUAUGAGGAUGUUGUUACUAAGAGACCUGUUUACUGGGCUUUCUUCACAGGUAUGAUUGCGCAUGUAAUGACUUUUGAAGUAGGAAAAGUGCUGGAGGAUCCGAAUUGGCAAGCCCCUGUAUACUGUUUUAAAGAGGCCGAAGAACAAGAGAUCGAUAGUUUUGUUAGUGAUGAUGUUUCAAUGGGUAGACUCAUGGGAGCAGCUAUGGAUGUUUCUUUGCUGCGCUAAUUCUUGUUGCAUUUUUAUGUAUCAAAUAAUUCAUUCUUGAUGUUGUUCUUAGACCUCAUAAAUUGGUCAACUUUUCAUGCAAUACUUAUUUUUUGCUUUUACUUCAA